CCUCACUCUGUCUCUCUGGGACUGACUCGCUCUGGCUGUUCAGGAUCUGGGCUUAGAGCUUUGCUGUUGGCCCUCAUAGCGAGAAGAAGUUGCUUUCACUGUGGGCUGAAUUGAGUGAUCUCUGGUGGCCUGGACUUGAAGCAGCAGGACUGCCCCACAUCUCAAAGGCUGGAAGCCACAGAGUUGUGAUUAGCAAGAAGCUUGGUGGCUCUUUGCUGUCUUGCUGUAUUAGCUCAUGCUCAUGGCUGAAGACUGAGGCCAGUCUGUGUAUCACUGAACCAAGUAGCCAGAGAUGACAGCUAACAGCAUGCCUAAGCAAGUGGAGGUGCGGAUGCACGAGAGCCACCUGGAGCCCAUUGAGGCCACUCCACGCUCCAAAUGUGCCCUCCUCUGCCAGAAGAUGCGCAAGAACCUGCUCCUCACGCUCACUGUUCUGGGUGUGAUAUUAGGAGCAGUAUCUGGUAUGCUUCUGCGUGUAGCCUCUCCGAUCGAUGACAACAUUGUCAUGGUUAUUGCAUUCCCUGGAGACAUUCUGAUGCGGAUGCUAAAGAUGCUCAUCCUUCCUCUCAUCAUAUCCAGUUUAAUCACAGGUCUUGCAGGUCUGGAUGCUAAGUCUAGCGGCCGUCUGGGUACCAGAGCAAUGGUUUAUUACAUGACCACUACUGUAAUUGCUGCCAUUCUGGGAGUAAUACUUGUGCUGAUCAUCCACCCCGGUAACCCCAAACUAAAGGAAAACCUCGGGGAAGGACUCAAGAAUGACGAAGUCUCCAGUCUUGAUGCCUUCUUUGAUCUCAUCAGGAAUCUCUUCCCUGAGAACUUGGUGCAGGCCUGCUUCCAGCAGAUCCAGACUGUUGUGAAGAAAGUUGAGGUUCAGCCAGAUUUUGAAGACACCAACAGUACCAUGGAUGACUUUCUCUCUGGUGCCACUAAGCCUCCUCCCAUAUUCAAGGAUAAGAAAUCCCUGCAGUUCAAGAGUGGAAUGAACGUUUUGGGUCUGAUUGGAUUCUUUAUUGCCUUCGGUAUCUGCAUGGGGAAGAUGGGAGAGAAGGCAAGGCUCAUGAUUGAAUUCUUCAACAUCCUGAAUGAGAUUGUGAUGAGGCUGGUCAUCAUGAUCAUGUGGUAUUCUCCCUUCGGUAUUGCUUGCCUGAUCUGUGGCAAGAUUAUCUCCAUCAAAGAUCUGGAGGUGGUAGCCAGACAGCUGGGGAUGUAUAUGAUCACGGUCAUCAUCGGACUCAUCAUUCAUGGAGCCAUAUUCCUCCCUUGCAUUUAUUUUGCCAUUGUGAGGAAGAAUCCCUUCAGCUUCUUCAUGGGCAUCUUCCAAGCCUGGAUUACUGCCCUGGGAACAGCCUCAAGUGCUGGAACACUGCCAGUCACUUUCCGCUGUCUGGAGGAGAACCUGGGCAUUGACAAGAGAGUAACCCGCUUUGUACUGCCUGUUGGUGCAACAAUUAACAUGGAUGGUACUGCUCUUUAUGAAGCUGUAGCUGCUAUCUUCAUUGCUCAGAUGAAUGGUGUCAACCUGGACCCUGGUCAAAUUGUCACAGUCAGUCUUACAGCUACACUGGCCAGUGUUGGAGCAGCUAGUAUCCCCAGUGCAGGACUGGUCACCAUGUUACUCAUUCUGACAGCCGUGGGACUGCCCACUCAGGAUAUCAGUCUACUUGUAGCUGUUGACUGGCUUCUGGAUCGUUUCCGCACUUCAGUCAAUGUGGUGGGCGACUCAUAUGGGGCUGGCAUCGUUUAUCACCUUUCAAAGGCAGAGCUGGAUGCCCUGGACGCCCAGCAUGGAAAAUCUGAUGACAUUGAGAUGAUGACCAAGACGCAGUCCUAUUACGAUGACCUCAAGAACCACCAUGAAAACAACUCCAACCAGUAACCUCGGCAGCCACGAAUGGCUCAACUGCAGAGUACACACUUGUUGAAGAGGAACCACGGAAAAGUGAUUAACGCAAGCACACAGACACCCUGUGUCCGAGCCCCCAAGCUUUCUUAUCUGGUGAAAAAAAAAAAAGAGAGAAAAAAAAAUCACUAAAAUAAUGCACAUGGAACAAAUGAUGGGUUUUGUAGUUUAGGCUUCAAUUAUUCCCAUUACAGUUUGUUUAACAACCUGUUUGAGUGUCUGAAAUAACAUGUACUAAUGCUAAAAGGGUUAGAACCACACUGUCCGAUAGUGCACUAACGUGCCUAUGAGCUAACACUUGCGCAGCGGAUAGCAAGGCUUUGGAGGGUGAAAGGAGAAAUAAUAUACAAUGCAAAUUAAAUUAUUUCUGAUGGUAAUA